UCCCAAUUAUUGAACACAAAGAAGACGUCAAAAACAGUUGAUUCUGUGUUUGGAAAUCGAUCGCAAGAAAGAGAAAGUUUAGUGAGACAAAGAAAUGAAUUUUCUUCCUCAAACUUGGUCAGGAUAUCUGAAGAAGGAUGGAGGACGACAGGAAGAGGAACGUGAUAACAUAUCCUGGCCAUCUUUGGGUGAGAAAAGCCCGUUGGAGUGCCAGAAUGAGGAAAAGGUAACGUCCUUGACGCUCAAACUUGAGGAUUUGGAGAUGGAAACGGUGAUUGAGAGCCUGGAGAGGGAUCCUGUGAGGUUAGAUGGGAAGCAGGAUAGUGAAUCUGAUGAGGAAAGAGACGAGAGCAGCGAACCUAGCAAGGUCACCGAGGAAAUUAGGGCGGAACGUCGUCUGCGCAGGAGGCAGGUAAAGCAGCUGAAGAGGGAUGAAAAAGUCCUGGCAGAGCGCAGAGAGUCCAAGUACAAACAGGUGAAACUCAUAAGGCAGAGUGACCUCGAGAAGUAUAAGGAUUGCCUCAAGGACCAAUCGGACAGGGAACGUCCGACAUGGUUUAGUCGAGGUUCUAAGGAUGCUACUUUCUCACUGGAGGCUUUCAUGGCUGAGAAGCCUAAAAUCUUGACCUGCCCCAAGGUCACGACAAACAUUCCUGGUGAGAUUGUGCGUCAUCGUGGAAAGAAGCACGAAUUUCCCAAGCCAAAGGCUCGCACAAUGGCUAAAAGGCGUAUCCUUGAGAUUCGCCAGGAGAAAUCCAGGGAGGAGGCAAAGACAAUGGCCAAAAAUAUGACCAAUAAUCCGCACAGCAGACGCUAUCGCGAGUACUGUGAUCAUUUCACCGAGGAAGACCUCUGCAGUCGUGUAGAAUCCAUCCUGCAGGAUCUGUUUCGCUUCCAGGAUCUAGCAUUCCAUCGCAGUGAGAUCAAGGCAAGAGCCAAGAGACGCUACGUCGUAGGUUUCAAAGAAGCCAAUAGAAUGCUGGACAUUAACAAGGUGAAACUCUUGAUCGUGGCAACGGAUCUGGAGAGAAGUCCAGGUGAAGGUGGAUUAGAUGAGGCUGUUUAUGCUCUCCGUAAGAGAGUGAGAGAAGCAAAUGUGCCCUACGUGUUCGCUCUGACGCGUCGGGCAAUCGGAAACAUUCUACAAAAGUCACCAGCAGUGAGCUGUGUCGCCGUCCUGGAUUACAGUGGGGCCAAGGAAAAGGUGGAUGAGCUGCUGCAAGUGGUGGAUCAAAAGCGUUCCAUGUACAAUGAGCUUUGUGCCGAAUGGGGCACCAUUGACUCCCUGAUCUCAAUCAAUUGAACUCUAUCUCUCUCUCUGUCUUUCUGAAAACUGGCCAAAGAAUGCUGAACGAUGGACAGACACAGUGACACAUUCACACAAAAAAUAAAUUCCGGAGGGGACUCUGUAUAAAUCACUAAUUCCUAGGGGCAAUAAAAGCGUAUCCCACCACUCAUCCCUUAGCAUCUAAUCUAAGGGAUUUGGACUGUGGAUUGGACAAUCAAUGGCUUUUUAUUCAGUGGAAAGGGGCAGGUGAUUCAAUUCUAAAUGUGAUUAAAAAUUUUAUUUUGUGGUUUAAAAUUAUCAAAAAAGCACAAGUUUUCUUUUAGGUGAGAUUUAUUUUGAGCCUUUUGAGUUUAUCAAAAAAUUACCCAACUAACAUUUUUCUCUGAUAUCUUUCUUUUUUGUUUCUAUUGUGCUUAUGAAAAUUUAAUAAAUUUUUGUGUCACAAUAAAUUUAAAAGUGCAAA